CCGGGUUUGACGCAAUAGUGGACCCUCCACGAUCAUGAAUCGGCGCUGGCUCCAGCAUUAUGCCACUAUUAAUGCUCGCCAUUGUGGCUUGCCUUGUGCAAUUUGGCGCAUUUGUUUGCAUCGCUCUUCUAAUUCCCACUUGAAUCGUUUCAACAGCACCCUUUUAUCUUGUUUUUUCUCUCUAAUUUUCAGCGACGGAAUGGCCGACAGUGACCAGCCUUCGGGCCAUUCAGCCGACCCCAACAUGGUGCUGACGCUGGUAUACUUUGUAACGAUCGCAGCGGUGCUCAUCGGAACAGCCGUUUACUUUUUUAUUAUGGACAGAAUAUCCGACCCGGAGCGAGAGGUCCAACACCUCAUUGACAACCUGUCCAGCCAGUUCACCAACUUUUUUCGGCUGCCUUUGCGCUGGCAAUCGAUGAAGCCGUAUUAUACACACCACACUCUUUCGUGGCUGUUUAUCCUGACUCUGACCGCGUCGGCCGUCGCACUUAUUGUGUCGUUGGCGCUCAAUCUGCCUGAGGUCAUUCGCAUCAGCACGUUCACUUUUAUGUUUUCACCAUUUGAGUGGUCGGUGUUCAACGUCGUGCAAAUUGCAAUCUUAAUCAUCGAGUUUCUCCAGCUGCUUUCGUUUCCAAUCCGCGACCUCCUGGCAUCGAUCAAUUUGGGCAACCAGAAAGACACGGCCGACUUUAUUUUUUAUAUCAUCCAGCUAUGGUUCCUGGUUGGGGUCAUCGGGUGCGUCGGGUUGGCAAUCGGCGUCAUUCACGGGUACAACAUCUGGCGGCCACACAAACCAAUUGCCCUGUACUGGGUCAAGUACAUAUUGCCACUGGCCAAUCUUUUGUACUUGCCUAUGCUGGUGAUGCUGAUCGGCUCAGCCUCGUGUCUGUCAAAAAUUGGCACUGCUGACUACAAGGGCGCGUCGUCAGGCUUGUUGCGAUGCAGUGACCCGUCAGUUAACAAGCCCCUGUACCUAUUGGUCACCGUCGUUGCGUACACUGCGGCAUGCUUCUGUCAAUUGACUUCUUUGGUUUCCAACUCGUACAUGCACAUCCGCAGUAUUAUGUCGCUGAUAAUUGUACUGUCCAUGGUGUGCUUUAACAUUAGCACCCAGCCGUGCUUUGUCGACCAGAUUAACUACUGGCGGACGUAUGGCUUGUGCAGUAUACUUUGGGUUGGGCUCAUAGUUACUAUGCUUACCAACGAGGAUGAAACGCUAAACAAUAUUAGCACAGGCGGCAUAGCAAGCACAUUGGCUGUCGGCGUGGUUGUUUUGCUUGUUGUGUUUAUCAUUGUCAAGCGGAUCAAUUUGAAUUCAAGAAAGAACAGCGCUUUAAGCGCGGUGCAAGAUGUACUUGUAGAAGGCAGCGGCGAGAAUGGAAUGGCAUUUUUGCAAAAGAAGCAUUUGUUAGCAGACAGCUUGCCAGCGGCCAAUGUCCAUGAAGGUUGUGUUGUGAGCUCCGAAGACACCAAAAUAUAGACAAAAAACACUUUAAUAUUAUAUUGCUUGUAAAUACAUUUUAGAAUAUUUCUUUGACAAAAUACAAAGAAA